CGAGCUUGCUCCCCAUCCCCUGCCGCCGACGCCCAUCCACGCCAUCCACCACCUUCACGUCCUGCUGCAGUCCGCCGCCUCACACUGCGGCUGCCGGCCCUCACGACUCCGAACGACCCGCUCCGCCCCCCUCACGCCCUCUGCCCGGCGGCCUGAGCGCGUGCUGCCCGUGUGCUUCUCGUGCUCUGCCCUUGCAUCCGCUCUGCUCGAGCCCCGCCGCGCCGGACCAUCUUCACGCCCUCUUCUGCCACACCAUCCGCUAAGCGUGCACCAGCAUGGGUGACUUUGUCUCGCAGCCCGAGUUCUUUGAGGUGGAGCUCGGAGAGAGCCUGAUCUCGCGGACAGAGACACUCGCAUCCUUCCGCGAGCUUGGUCCGCCGGACCUGUGCCACGUCAUCAAGUCUGGGCGAGCUGCCAGCGCCAAGGAUAUCGGCUCGUAUCACUAUGUCUCGGGCGUGGACGCGUCCAGCUCCGCAGCGCUGGCUGCCUACAUAAACAGCCUGACGUAUGAGCUCGAGCAGAGCCAGGCAUGGUUCUCGACGGGCAAGAGCGCGUACAAGCUCAAGAGUGGAGCAUACUGCUGCUUCAACGCCUUUUCGCGCGUCGACGUCCGUGUGGAAGUGCGCAUACCCGGCUCCGUGGACGCAUAUGUCGUUGACCUGCGCGGCGAGCGGCACGAGCCGACGCCCGAGAUCUGGCAGGAGGUGUACCUCUCGGCGCUGCUGCGCGCCAUCCUCUACGCCGACGAUGCCAACUACCGGCUGGCGGGCUACCGAAAGCUCGACCCCAUCAGCAGCCCAGAUGCAGAGCACCGCUUCCUGCAGGCGGCCGAGAACCUCUUCUUUAAGGGCUGGCAGCUUGGGUCAGAUCCCGAGAUCCAGGUCGCGACAGUAGUGUCGAACCACCUGACCGCGGGCAUCCUCAAGUACUUUGGCGAUGCGCACCGCUACGAGCAAGCAGUGAACCUGUUCGAGAAGCUCUACGCACGUGCGCCGGAGGUGGCAGCUCUCGUGGCGCAGGCGUACAUUGGCAUGAACGAGGAGGUCAAGGCCGUGCAGAUCAUGCACCGCGCGAUCCAGGAGACGCCGCAGAGCUACGCGCUGCUGCACAUCCAGGCCGACUUUCUGCGCACCAAGGGCAAGACGGAGUGGGCGCUCAAGCUGGCCAAGCAGGCCGUCAACUGCGCGCCGAGCGAGUUCGUCACGUGGGCCAAGCUCACCGAGUGCUACAUCGAGCUCGGCGAGUGGGAGUCGGCGCUCUUCACGCUCAACUCAUGUCCGAUGUUCACGUACAACGAGCGGGACCUGCACCGCAUGCCCACGCCGGCGCGCAGCCACCUGCCGGUCAAGGCCUUUAUCGCCGAGAGCGGUCUGCUCGACGAGGAGAGUGCGCGGGACAAUGAGGCCGACGUCGCCCUGCUACGGCUGCCGGCGCCUGCCCUGCGCGGCACCUUCGCGCGCGCCUACGCGCUGCUGGCACGGCUCACGAGCCAGAUCGGCUGGGACGAGCUGCUGAAGUGCCGAAGCUCCGUCUUUGUCAUGGAGGAAGAGUACCGGGCGCAGAAGGCGACGCAGGACACGCCGGCCGCCACGCCGACGACGGAGCAGGUGCCGGAGCAGCACGCGGACGCCGACACCACUGUGGCAGAGUCGGAGACCUCCGACUCGGUCGACCACGGCGGCGAGACGGACAUGCCGCCGCUGCCCGUGUCGGACGACACUGCCGACGAGGAGGAGGAGGCUUCGCGGCUGGACCGCAAGCUGAGCCACCUCAACAUCUCCAGCCACGCCAACGCCUCGAGCCAGUCGAUCCCGACGAUCAAGAUCUCGACCGAGUCGGACCAUGAGCGCGAGCAGCAGGCCAUCGAGUCGUACCUCAAGGAGCAGGAGGAGCGGAACGCCGUGCCAGACUCGGGCGCGACAAAUGGCCACGCCGACUCGGAAGAGGACAUCAAGUCGGAUGUGCCUGUGCCGAUCGUGCAGGUCGAGGCGCCGCCGCUGGAGAAGCCGGCGCAGGCGCAGGCUAGUGCAGCCCACGCACGGACAGAGUCGCAGGCCCUGGCGGCGGCGGCAACAGAUCCUGGCGCGGCGGGCAACGCGCAGGCCGCUGCUGACGCCACGACUGCCGAGCAGGCCAACGACGGCGCGGCGGCGAGCAACAGCUUCUCGUUCACCAACAAGCGGCUGUGCGAGCGCUGGCUGGACAAUCUCUUCAUGGUGCUGUACGAGGACCUGCGCGUGUACACCAUCUGGCGCGCCGAGGUGGCGCACUACCGCGCCCAGUCGCUGCCGUACCGCAAGACGGGCACGGAGUGGGAGAUUCUCGGCGAGCUGGCGCUGCGCCUGCACCACAAGGAGGAGGGCAAGGACGCGUUCCAGCGCUGCGUCGACUCCAAGUUCUCGGCAAAGGCGCUGCUGCGCCUGCUUGAGAUCUACGCCGAGCAGAAGGACGUGGAGCGCACGCUGUGGACCAGCCUGCGGCUCACUGCCUACCACCACCGGUGGUACAUGGAGGGCUCCUUCCCCGGCGCCGUGGCCAAGAACCUGUUCAAGCUCAUCAAGGAGGUCGGGCUCAGCAAGGUCUCGUACACGCUCGUCUCGAUGUCGCCGCCGCCGGCCAUUCUGCGUCUGAUGCAAAAUUAUCUCGCCUACGGACAGACCUUCCAGCUUCCCGGCAGCACGUGGUGA